GGUAAAGUAGUGGGUGUCGGAUAGCUAGCUCCGCAGAAUGGAGACCCAUUUGGCACCGGUGACGCAUUCUUACCUUAUCGACUUAUACUAUAGGCUAAAGUUAGUAGGGAAAAAAAUGCAAAAUUACAAAGUGUUUAAGCGUGGCUGCCACGCUUUCAUCCCCAGGCGCCCCACCCUGCGCAAUGUAAAGGGUUAAUGGUUUCUGAAACGAUACUUUUCCUACUGCGCUCGUAAUUUGAGUUUCUGGUAAACGGUCACUACAGUGGAAGAAUAUCGCUUUGCGGUCCCUAGCGACUCGCCUACUAUCUCUUGGUUCGCUUUCUCCCUCUUUUAAUUAAUUACCUGAAGAUCUUUUUUUUCCCGUUAUGAACUUAAUAUGUUGUGUGACUGAUCAGCGUCCCUUUCCCCAGUCUCCCUUAGCAACAUGGAGUCUGAGACAGGAACGAGGAAAGAGGAAAACAGCAACGAAAAAAAGAAAGCGAUUGAGUUGGACAGGAGGGGAGGGCGAGGUGUAAGCAGUAGGAAGGUGAUGUCGUAAAGCAGUGUCGUAAACCAGGUGCAGGGAGGGGAGGUGGAGAGGAGGGGGGCCAGGGAGGAGGAGGUGACUCCAGCAGCAUUUAGACACAGCGAAAGGAUCAUGGCGGAUGGCCCCAGGUGUAAGCGCAGAAAACAGGCGAAUCCGAGGAGGAAUAACGUUACCAGCUAUAACAACGUGGUGGAAGCGAACUCCGAUUCAGACGAUGAAGACAAGCUGCAUAUCGUGGAGGAGGAGAGCGUGACAGACGCUGCAGACUGUGAGAACAAUGUGCCAGACGAUGACUUGCCAAGCAGCCACGCAGUAUUACCAGAGAACGGGCAAGGAGAGGAGGAGGAGGAGGAGGAGGAAGAAGCUUGGGAGGAAGAAACAAAAGGAGAAGACACCUUGGGGCCUGAAGCUCAGCCAGGGGACGUUGGAUUUAAAGUAGACGAUGCAUGUGGCUCAGAAGCUGAAGAUGAACAAAACAAUGACCCGAUCGUGGAGGAAAUGCUGCAGCAGGCAGACACUGCUGUCAUCUACCCAGAGGCGCCUGAGGAGGAGCAGAGGCAGAGGACACCCGAAGCCAGCGGCCAUGACGAAAACGGGACGGCAGAUGCAUUUUCUCAGCUGCUCACGUGUCCGUACUGUGACAGAGGAUACAAGCGAUACACGUCUCUGAAAGAACACAUCAAAUACAGGCACGAGAAGAAUGAAGACAACUUCAGCUGUUCCCUCUGCAGUUACACGUUUGCCUACAGAACACAACUUGAACGUCACAUGACGGCGCACAAAUCUGGGCGGGAUCAGCGUCAUGUAGCACAGUCUGGGGGUAAUCGGAAAUUUAAGUGCACUGAAUGUGGAAAGGCAUUUAAAUACAAGCACCACCUAAAGGAGCACUUGCGUAUCCACAGUGGGGAGAAGCCAUACGAAUGUCCAAACUGCAAGAAGCGUUUUUCCCACUCCGGCUCCUACAGCUCCCACAUUAGUAGCAAGAAAUGCAUCGGUGUGAUUCCUGUGAAUGGACGGCCCCGGCCGGCGGGCAAGACAUCUCAGUGCCCUUCUCCAUCCCUCUCUUCAUCGCCCAGCACCCCUGCCAGAACACAGCUCCGGGAGAAGGGCAACAACAGCAAGCCUUUACAAGAACAGCUUCCCGUCAACCAAAUCAAAAUCGAACCUGUGGAUUACGAGUACAAACCAAUAGUGGUGACCUCUGGAAUUGGCUGUGCCACGCCUUUGCAAAAUGGGGCUUUCAACGGUGGCACUCCACUGCAGACCACAGCUUCACCCCAGGGUGUGGUGCAAGCUGUGGUCCUGCCAGCUGUUGGGCUAGUCUCGCCUAUCAGCAUCAACCUAAGCGACAUUCAGAAUGUUCUUAAGGUAGCCGUAGAUGGGAACAUUAUCCGUCAAGUCCUAGAGAGCGCCCACGCCAAUGCAGCCAAAGAACAAGGUGGAGUCCAGCCAGGGGGCCAUUCCCUCAUCUCAGCAUUCAGUCUUCCUUUGGUCGAUCAAGAUGGAACAACCAAAAUCAUCAUCAACUACAGUUUGGAGCAACAGCCCAGCCAAGUCCAGAUUCUGCCACAGAGCUUGAAGAAGGAGAACCCUAGCCCCGUCGAAAUCUGUAAAACGGAGAAGUUACCCGAAGACCUCACUGUUAAGCCUGGGAAAAGCAAAAUUCCCAAGUCUGAAAACAGUAGCAGCACAUGUCUGCUGUGCGAUGACUGUCCAGGUGGUUUGGAUGCACUUCAAGAGAUUAAGCACUGUAAUUUGAAAAGCGAAGGUGGAAUUCUGACUUCUCAGGUUAAUGGAGAGAAUGCAGAGAAAACAGAUUCCACUGUUUCGUCCCCCACCGCUGAGGGAAGUCUGUCCCUCGGCCAGCCCCCCUUAAAGAACCUCCUGUCACUCCUAAAGGCAUACUAUGCCUUAAAUGCACAGCCUACCACAGAGGAACUCUCGAAGAUUUCCGAUUCAGUAAGCUUACCACUAGACGUGGUAAAGAAGUGGUUUGAAAAGAUGCAGACUGGGCAGAUCCCUGUGGGAGCUGCCAGUCCUUCUGAACACGAGGCCAUUUCUUCUGAGAGUGAUGAAACUCAGAAUAGUUUAGAUCCCGCAGGAGAUGUACCGGACAGCACGACAACCACAGAGAGGCCACUUCAAUUGACUAAAACCCAAGUUAUUUUAAUAACCCCUUCAAGCGUGAAAACAAAUGGCUCCAGAACUAACACACCUUCCCCAUCACCACUAAAUCUCUCUUCAACCGGGCCUGUGCUCGUGAAGACAGAAGAGGACACUGAGGAAGGGACACAGGCGGAACCUCUUGACCUAUCACUACCAAAGCAACCCAGAGAGGAAAUGGAACAGACCACCAGUGCCAGUGUUUAUCAGAACAGUGUUUACUCCGUUCAGGAAGAACCCUUGAACUUAACUUGCACAAAGAAGGAUCAGCCACAAAGUGACAGUAUUAAUACAAGCCCAAGUCCUGUUUAUGUUUGCCCACCAAGUGCCAAUCCCAUUAACAUUGCUAAACCCACAGUUACCACUCAGCUACCUACGAUUGUGGCCAUUAGCGAACAGGGCAGUGUCCCAUGUCUGAGGGCUCUGGGUACCAACCAACAGACUAUACUAAUUCCACAGGUUACUUACACAUAUUCCACUUUGGACACCAGUCCUGCAGUACCAGAAGCCCAGCAGAAAACAGUGCAAGCGAAUGGAAGCCAGGAGGAAAGGCAAGAGACAAGCUCCGAGGGCGUCUCAACCAUCGAAGAUCAGAAUGACUCCGACUCUACUCCUCCAAGGAAGAAGAUGAGAAAAACAGAACAUGGCAUGUAUGCCUGUGACCUGUGUGAUAAAAUAUUCCAGAAGAGUAGCUCCCUUUUGAGACACAAGUAUGAGCACACAGGUAAAAGGCCUCAUGAGUGUGGAAUCUGCAACAAGGCUUUCAAACACAAGCACCAUUUGAUAGAACACAUGCGACUGCACUCAGGGGAGAAACCGUACCAGUGUGACAAGUGUGGCAAGCGCUUCUCUCACUCAGGCUCCUACUCGCAGCACAUGAACCACAGGUACUCCUACUGCAAGAGAGAGGCCGAGGAGCGCGAGGGCCCGGAGCUCAACGAGGAAGAGGAGGAGGGGGAAGGGCCCGGAGCCACAGGGGAGAUCCUCCCCCAAGAGCAGCUGUCAGACAGUCGGCCCGCCUCUCCUCCCUCGCUCCUGGACUCAGACGACAGAGAAAGCAGCACACGCGGGGAGGAGGAAGAGGAGGAGGAGACAGAGGACGAGGAGGAGGAGACGGAGACGAAGGAGGAGACGGAGACAGAGGAGACAGAGACGAAGGAGGAGACGGAGACGAAGGAGGAGUCAGAGACGAAGGAGGAGACGGAGACGAAGGAGGAGACGGAGAUGAAGGAGGAGACGGAGAUGAAGGAGGAGACAGAGACGGAGGAGAAGGAGACGGAGGAGACGGAGACGAAGGAGGAGACGGAGAUGAAGGAGGAGACAGAGACGGAGGAGAAGGAGACGGAGGAGAAGGAGACGGAGGAGAAGGAGACAGAGGAGACAGAGACGAAGGAGGAGACGGAGACGAAGGAGGAGACGGAGCCGAAGGAGGAAGGCGAAGAUAUGCAAGUAGGAGAAAAGGAACACGAGGAUUCAGAAGAGCAUCAGGAAGAGAAAGGAGAGAAGGAAAUGGAGACUGAAGAGGGGGCAGGUGAAAAGGAAAUGGGCACCGACGAAAAUCCAAGUGAGAUUCCGGGGGUUAACAGGGAGGAUUCAGAAGAGGAAAAAACGCCAGAAAAAAAUGACGGUGACAAAGAUAAAAUAUGAAAUGUAAUGGAUUAUUUUUCUGAAACAGAAGAAAAUAAUUACAAAAAAAACUGAGCGUUUACUCUAUACAAUAUAAAUGUUAUUGUUGAAAACGCGGUAGCUUGGAUGCUGUGUUUCAGUUCACUACUGUGUAUAAAUCCAGGUGUGCCUGAAUCUCGAAAACUAGUAACUUUUCCACAGGAGCAUUUUCAGUGUUAGAAAUAAAGUUUGUAAAAAUACAGGAAGUUUAACAAAAAACAAAACAAAACAAACAAAAAAAGUUGCAUAUACUGACUUUGAAAGCUAGAAUCAACAGGUUUUAGAUGAUGUUUUAUUACGAAGACAUCCUGGAUCAUUUCUUUUAUCAGUGUUAUUAAUUUCUUCAUUCAUGUUAUAACCUUUUAAGCUGUACAGUUGGGAGAGAUUUCUAUACCUUUUUAUUGCCAACGAAGUUUGCUAAAUCAGUAUUUUAUUAAGUUAGAAAGAAAGAAAAAAACCUCUGCACUACAGAAUCCCUGGUUUACCGAAGCAAGCAACAUGCUUCAGUGUUGUCUACCCUUCAGUAUUAUUGCAUUAGGGCAUAGUUUAGAAUAGCAUUCGUUUAACUGGAUUGUUAGCCUUAAAAAAGCGAGUCCUAAAAAAGUUAAAGAUGUCAGGGACAGAAAAUAAAUCAAUGUGGCGAUUGAUAUUGUAAGGAGAAAUUCCAUGCAGGGAACAGACUAUCAAAGCCAGUGUGUUUUUUUUUUUUUGGUUUUUUUUCAAGUCAGUGUUCAAAGUUCAAAUGAAGAAAGGUGAGGGACAUUGUUGAAUCCCCCAGCCUUAAUGCAAGACCUUUGUGCUGUAAGUGCCAUUGAACAGUGUUAUUUACAAUAAAUGGCCAUCGCCAGUUUUAAUGCAGGACCCAUAUUCACUCAAAUGUGUUUGAGUGAUAGUCUGUUUGACCAUUGUCUCAAGCCUUGUCAGAUGUUGUUUUAAGUACACCGAGCAAAGUGAAGUGAAGUCAAUUAUGUUUUUUUCUAUGUAUAAAUGCUGCAUGAAUUCUGGUUUGGCUAAUGCCUGGAAAGGAAAAAAGAGUCUCAAUUACUAAGGAAAAGCAUUGUAUAAACUUCCUGCCACAUUAUAUCUGUCCAUUUUGGAUAUUAAUGCACUUGCUUCAAGCUUAUGACAAGCUAGCCUGUAUUUCAAAUAACAAAUGUUGGUAAAUGUGGUCCCAAAAUAUUAAGUGUUAGCUGGGUUUACCUGUCAGUAUUAUUUUUAAUUCUGUUGUUUUAUCUUUUAGGGUUUGCAAAAAAAUGCGUACUGUAUGUUUUAAAGAAUGGCAGUAUUAAUACCAUACUCACUUCAGUUUAGUUUUAGAAAACUUUUAUAUUUAUGUGUCUUAUUUUUAUAUUUCUUUAUGGUUAUUUAUUACACAAUGUAGUGUAUAAUACUGUAGUUUGUAUUAAUACAAUAAUAUAUUUUAGUAUGAAAAAUAAUUUGGAAGGUUGAUAAGAUUUCAAAGCUCGAAGUGAAGCUGUUUGGUGUUGAGGUUUCUUUGAAAAGUAUUAUGUUAACAUUUCAGCUUGUCUAGCAAGAUAAACCCCAAGAACAAAAAAAAAAUUGCAAGUUGUUUAUCUUUGCAUUCAUAUUCAAGCUAGUUUUAACGUUACCCAUUUUAUUAUGAAGCUACUGAAUCUGAAAACUAACUGUGUGACUAAUAGCAUGAGAAUUUGCUGUUUUAUUGAAGGAUUACCCUAACCAAUAUGCUGUAUAAUGUCCUUUUACAAAGCCAAAAGUAUAUUCAUGACAUACUUUUUUUAUGUUGUAUGUGUGCCAAUUUGUUUCUUUGUAUGUCUAAUGCAAGGCUACACCUUUUAUAAGUUCCCUGUUAAUUUGUGGUCAUUUUUUAUAGUUUUUUAUUAUUAUUAUUAUUAUUAUUAUUAUUAUUAUUAUUAUUAUUAUUAUUAUUAUUAUUAUUAUUAUUAUUAUUAUCCGACUCCCCGUAUCACAAUAAAAUACAUCAACAAAGCAGUCUUGAC